AAUUACAUGGUAAAAUACUUAAAAAAAACAAAAUUUGAAUGCAAAUUGGUAAAAUCACUAAAUUAGAUCAAGAAGACAAGAACCCUAAGCCCUCUGCUGCUCUGCAGUUCUUCUUCGACUCGUCUCCUCCCUCAACCUCAACUCCAGUUUACACUGCAGUUCUCCUUCUCCAAUUCUUUCUUCGAUUCCAAACAAAUUGCAAAGAAGAAACCCGAAACAACGAUUCCUUAUCUCUUCCGUCCAGAUUCGGAAUCACACUUCUUCUGUUCUUCAUCAGAUCUUCAUCUUGUCACCAUCGCCAAGGUCGUUCUCCCUCUCGAUCGGUCGAUCCUCAUACUUCUUUUGUUCAACAUAAGAUUUUCAUCUUCUCACCGAGGUCGUUCUCUCUUUGGAUCCUCUUCGACUUGAAAAUUUUUCUUCUCCGGUUCUCUUCAGAUUUUCCUCUUUCUCCCGAAGUCGUUCUCUCUCUGGAUCCUCUUCGACGGUUCGACCUGAAAUAUUUCUUCUCCGGUUCCCUUCAGCUUCAGGUACAGAACAGUGAAUCACUUUAAGCUUGCUACCUUGCUCUGCAUUUCGUUGCUUUAGUUUAGUAAAUUUCUUAUCUUUUU